AUGGAACCUCAAAAACGUGCUCGAUAUUCAAAACUUCUCGAUGCAGAAGAACUGGAGGAAAUAUUGAUGGAAGAAGAAUCUGAUGAAGAGUUAGAAGAACUCAAAGAGUUAAGUGAACCUCAUGAAAAUAUGUCAUCAUCAGAACGUCUUGCUGUUGAUGAAGUCAUAGCGCUCUUCAAAGGAAGAGUGAUUUUUCAUCAGUAUAUUCCAAAGAAAAGCCAAAGAUUUGGUAUAAAAAUUUACAAGCUUUGCGAUUUUCUUGGCUAUACAUAUGACAUGACAGUUUAUUUAGGCAAACAAAGGCAGCUUGCGAUAGAAGAAAUUACGUCAACACAUGGCAUUGUUCUCCAGCUAAUUCAAAGAAUUGAAGGCUUGGGACACAAAAUAUACAUGGACAAUUAUUUCAGUUCUCCUGCAUUAUUUGAUGAUCCUUUAGACAGGAAAAUAAAUUCGUGUCGCACUGUUCGCAAUGAUAGGCGUGGAAUGCCACAAGAAAUUCGGCCCAAGUCAAUGAAAUUGAAGAAAGGGGAUAUUGUUACAAGAGUCAAGGGACAUCUAAGUGUUGUUCAUUGGAAAGACAAGCGUGAGGUGUAUGUUCUGAUGAAUAUGCACCCUCCUCCAUUGGAUGGCAACUUCAGAGAUGAAUCUGGCCAUGCUGUCAAACCCCAUGUAAUUGAAGACUACAAUGCACACAUGGGCUUUGUGGAUAAAUCUGAGAGGAUGGUAAACAGCUAUGGCAUUGCUUGGAGAACAUGGAAAUGGACGAAGAAAUUAUUCUUCCACCUCCUAGACAUGACUAUUCUCAGUGCAUAUCUAUCACACAAGUCAUGUGAUGGAAAAAUGGCACAAAAAAUUCCGCGAAAUAUUGGUCUGGGAUUUGAUUCUUCAGUCGUGUGA